AUGGAAAAGUAAAACAUUUGACAGAUACUUUUCAUCCGACAAAAGUGGCAAUAUUUUGACACAAAUUCCAGGCUUGAUUGCACGGGUGAAUCCGUAGCCCGAAAACCACUUCCGGCGCGCGCCGCAGAUAACGUGAGUCGGUCGUUGAAAACCAGAUCGGCAGCACGCAGUAUCCGUUGCGAAGAUGAUUUCAGUUGGCGGUCUUUUCAAAGCCAGGAAAUUUCCGACUGGAAAUGAAGUCAGCCUACGAUUUCUAGAAGUUCUCAAUUUUCAAAAUUUCGUUGGUUUCGUGGCAUAGUAAAGUGCUUCUUAUAUCAUGGCCGGCAGGAGUUGUUUUCAGAUGGAGGCUGACACUGGGACGGAGAGGCGCUCAGACGGUUCGACGGGGCCUGGACUGAGGCGCGGUCUGAGUUUCUCCAACACUUACGCCGCGAAGAAAACUGUGGCUCAGGGGAUGAUGGACAUUGCACUCAUCACCGCAAACGCGAAUCAACUCCGAUAUCUGCUGCGCUUCAACCACAGUUCCAGCACGUUCACGGUCAUCCUGUCUCUCAUCAUCUUCAGCCUCUUCCUCCAGGUUUUGGUCGGAGUUUGUCUAAUUUUCAAGGGUAGAUGCGACCUCAACGGCGAUUCGAAGUACCUCCAAGCAAACCAACUGAACAACUUCAUUGUGCUGGCCGUCUUUCUCGUAACAGUCAUCAACGUCUUCAUCGCAGCAUUCACCGAGACUCCUCCAACCUCUACACACAUUCUAUGACCCGAUACAUACAUAUAUUUCUUAUGUAACUCUUCUCUCUUGUUUAUUAUAUACAUCGAUUCUUAUAACGAUUUCAAACUUUUAAAUAUAAGGAAAAAAGUGUACAAACAUAAACUUAGAACGCAAUUGUUAGAGCAGCCUGCACCUUCCUU